AGCGUCUGCUUAAUUUGAAUGAUAAAAAUAUCAGAAUUUUUUCCGAUGAGGGUUGUACUAGUCUAACGUAAUAAGUCAUUGAGAAAUUGUUGGUCAAAAUAGAUCUAUCUAGUAAAAAAUUUUGAUUUUUAAUCUAACAAUGCGAAAGAAUGGCAAAUGAAAAUGUUUUGUUUUUGAUGGUUGCUGGACAAAUUGAAAAUGCCGAGUUUCCAGAAAUAGAUGAUAUUUAUUGCAAAUAUUGCUUUGUAUAUGGAUCUGAUUGGAUAGUAACUUCAGGUAUUGAAGAGGGUAUAUCACAAAUUUCAAAGAAAGGGGAAGAUGAUAUGCAAUUAUUUGCCUUUAAUUUUCCUUUAGAUAUUACUUUCAAGAGCACUAAUCCAUAUGGUUGGCCACAGUUAGUGGUUAGUGUUUAUGGAAUAGAUUUUUUUGGAAAUGAUGUUGUUCGUGGUUAUGGUUCCAUACAUAUACCUGUAUCUCCAGGAAAACACAGACGAAGAAUACCAAUGUUUGUUCCAGAAUCAUCAUCAUUGAUACAAAAAUUCACUAGUUGGCUUAUUGGUCGAAGGCCUGAAUUUAUAGAUCCACGUGUUGUUGCUCAGGGUGAAGGUAGAGAUGUUACCUUAGUGAGAUCACAGGGCUAUGUCAAUGUUGUGUUCAAUGUAAUCACCAAAAAUUUUGAAAAUUUAGGCUACAACGCUGGAUAGAAAUCAUCCAUUGGCAUUUUGUCUGCAAAAACUGAUUUUGUAUGCAAUAGAAAAUUUUAUAAUGCAAAUCUAAUUUUGUAUCUCAUCUUGUAUUUUUUUAGUUGUUAGUGGUGAGAUUAUUUGUUAAGUGAUGUUUUUCGAUGUUUAUAAAAUAGUGAUUGCAGAACCUUAAGAUUUUGAUGUUGAUAGGAAAUGCCCUUAAAAUAAUUUAUAUUUAUUAUCAGGAGUCAGGUAGGGACAGGAUUAAAAAAUUAUUAAAUAAAAAAAGAAGAAUGAUAAUUCAGUAUAAAGUCAAGAAUUCUUUUAAGAAAAUAAAAUAAAAAAAAAAAAAAAUAGGGGAUACUUAUUUUAUGUAGUUUGCUAUUACAGUAUGAUUGCUAUUACAGUAUAUUGUAAUUUUUGGGCUGAUUUACUUAGUGUUUUUAGUUUUAAUGAAAUUAAUGUGUUGUAUUCCUUGAGAACCAUUUUUUUUAAUUUUUAUAUUUAUUUGUCACAUAUCAGAUAGCUUUAUUUAAAUUGUGUGUUUCUGUUCAAAGAAUAUUUUUACCAUUUCUGAUGAUUAUUGUACAUUAUGUUAAUAAGGGAAAUAACAUUUAUCUACAUUUUAUAAAUUUCGAUGUGUGCAGCAAGUGUUUAUAAACAGUGUACAAAUUUGUUAUGUGAAUCAUGUCCAUUCCCCAGCAGCAGGGAGGGAGAGCCAAAAAACAACAUUUUUUAAGUGUUAAAAACUGACAAUUAAAAAAUAAUUUUUUGAGACACGUUUUAGUGGUUAAAGAUCUAUUCCCAAUUGGUUCCAAUUAAGUUUAAUAAUUUUAUUUCAUAUUUUAUAUUUUAGACACACAUGUAUAA